GGCUCCUCUCCUGUCCUCAGUGGGGGUCUUCUCCUGUCCUCAGUGAGGCUCCUCUCCUGUCCUCAGUGGGGGUCUUCUCCUGUCCUCAGUGAGGCUCCUCUCCUGUCCUCAGUGGGGGUCCUCUCCUGUCCUCAGUGAGGCUCCUCUCCUGCCUCUGAUGAUGUGAUGAUGUCAUGGUGAUGUCAUCUGUGGAGCAGCGGUACCGUGACAUCACUCCUGUGACCCUGCAGGUGGUGGGCGGGGCUGUGAGCUCCAGCCUGUACUGUGGGGAGGUGGAGGGAGUAGGUGGGGGUCUUGUGGAGUCCUUCCUGGUGGAGCUGUAUCGAUGUAAAGUCUGUCAGUUCACCUGCAGCCUGAAGGCCUCCAUCAGCAGCCACCUGCUGCUCAGGCACCGGGAGGGGGCGGAGCUUGAGCAGGGGGCUUCACCCUAUCAGCUGGACCUAAACGGAGGGUCAAAGCAGAGCGAUGAGGAUGAAGACUUCCUGCUUUACAACAUGCUGGAAAACAUGUCGCCUCCCACCUGUGACAUCAGCAGCGAGGGCGGGCUGCAGGUCUCACACACUUGUGAGGUCAGCACUCUGUUUGAGGAGGGGGAGGAGGGGGAGGAGGGGGAGGAGGAGGAGGAGGAGGAGGCCUCCAUCUUCCCUCUGAAGGGGGGGGCAGAUCUGUCCGGUCCUAUCGACCCCCCUUCCACCCAGGAGGAGAUGGCACAGUCCGCUCACCUCAUGACUCUGGGACUGUGUCGCAUCUCCACUGCAAAACCUCCUGCUCCUCCCAGCACCUCCUGCCCUGCCCCCCCUCCCCCUGAUGACUCCCCCAGCGCAGCCCCCCCACUGAAGAGGAAGAGGAGGCUGCUGUGUCUCCUGUGUCCUCUGACCCUGCCGUCCCGCCGCCUGCUGGACGUCCAUGUGCGCUCUCACUGCGCUGCCGGCGGGUUCAGCUGCAUCUCCUGCAGCUGGACGUGUGACAGCUGGGAGGAGCUGGAGACCCACUGGAGGGGGCACCGCAGGAGGAGGAGGGGGGGGAGGAGGUGUGACGGACAAGAAGACCAGAAGAAGAAGAAGAAGAAGGCGGGACGGUUCAGCUGUCCCAUCUGUCUGAGGAUGUUCAGAAGCUACGCCUCCAGAAACGCUCACAAAAUAACACAUGACAGCUCCAAGCAGCGUUGCCGUGACGACAGCUCAGAUCGACAGAGGCUCUGCUUGAUUGGACCAGCAGGUGGAAAGGAGGCGGGCCUUACAGACAGUAUCUGUGUGUGUCUCAGGUUGGUUCCCAGUCAGACGAGUGGAUCUCAGAGUGGUUCCCUGCAGAGCAUCACAGAGAACAGGAAGAAAACCAGGACCAAGAAAAGAGAGAAAGGCCAGGAGACGGGCCUUUAUUGUUCUGUGUGUGACAGGAAGUUCUCUUCCAAGCUGACCCUGAGGCGUCACAUUGGUGUCCAUGGAGGAAACAAACCGUUUACCUGUCCACACUGUUCCUACUGCAGCAGACUGAAGGCAUCACUACUGCAACACCUGAGGACUCACACAGGUGAGAGGCCCUACAGGUGUGCACAGUGUGCGUAUGCCUCUAUUGACCGCAGCUCUCUGCUCAGACACCUGAGGACUCACAGUCAGGAGCGACCCUACAGGUGUGAUCUGUGUGACUACAGCAGUAUCCAGAAGAAGAGUCUGGACCUCCACGCUCGCCGUCAUCACACAGGCGAGGCGUUUCUAUGCCAACAGUGCGAGUACUCAAGUCCAGACCGUCAGCUGCUGGCUCGACACGCCCGCAGACACCACGCCCCCUCCCAGCACGCCAUGCUCUGAUAAGACUGCUGUG